UUAUUAUUUUGUUUCAAUUUUGAGUUAUAAACAUGUAUAAAAUAUUUUGAGAUUUAAACUAAUUAUUUACCAAUUUUUAAUUGAUUUGCUAUGUCUUUUCAUUAUGUAAGGAUUUACUAUGGACCUUAUGAUGCAUUCCACACGGUCUCUCAUAAGCCGCAAAAACUGAGAGGCCUCAGAGAUCACCUUCACAAACUUGGCUACCGCGUGGAUCUUGUCCCAGUUGAUUUCGUAAACUACUGCAUGCUGGAGAUGUGCGGACAUGAGGUGUUUAGAUGCAAUAUCCAGAACCUUCUAUUCAACACUCCAGGGGAACUAGACCCGGUAUGUAUGCGGGCUGUAGACGCGGUGGUCGAUGCCUCAGCCAAGUUCCUUCGCGCUAGAAACUACCUAUGGUUCUGGUCACUUAUAGACAACCAGCUGUUUAGAAGGAGCGAGUUCGCGCCGAAAGACCAUUGGCCGUUCGAAGUGGACAAAGACAGCUACGAUACUUGUAUGGAAUGCACUUACUGUUGUGGUAGUUUGAAGAAAAAGAAGUGAUUUGAAAUUAAAUGAGCUCGAACCAACGAUAACGAG